GUCCUCGGGUCUGAAGUCAUGGAGGUGGAGGAGCGUUUCCGCUAAUGAGCGAGCGCUGCAGUACAGGGAGGGCGAGAAGAUCCACGGGUUCACUGUAGAGCAGGUGACAGCUGUUCCUGAGCUUUUCCUGACUGCAGUGAAGCUUAGUCAUGACAGUACAGGAGCCAGAUAUUUACAUGUGGCUCGGGAGGACUCCAAUAAUCUGUUCAGUGUACAGUUCCGAACCACUCCGAUGGACAGCACCGGGGUCCCGCAUAUCCUCGAGCACACUGUGUUAUGUGGUUCUCAAAAGUAUCCUUGCAGAGAUCCGUUCUUUAAAAUGUUAAACAGGUCACUGUCCACCUUCAUGAAUGCAUUCACAGCUAGUGAUUACACUCUCUAUCCAUUUUCAACGCAAAACCCCAAGGACUUUCAGAAUCUCCUGUCAGUGUACUUGGAUGCAGCUUUCUUUCCUUGUUUGCGUCAACUAGAUUUCUGGCAAGAAGGUUGGAGGUUAGAACAUGAGAACCCAGAUGAUCCUCAGACACCUCUAGUCUUCAAAGGAGUUGUUUUUAAUGAAAUGAAAGGGGCAUUUACAGAUAAUGAGAGGAUAUUUGCACAGCACCUGCAGAAUAAAAUCCUUCCUGAUCACACUUACGGUGUAGUAUCUGGUGGAGAUCCGCUAUGUAUUCCUGAUCUUACAUGGGAACAGCUUAAACAGUUCCAUGCCACACAUUACCAUCCAAGCAAUUCCAGAUUUUUCACUUAUGGUAAUUUUCCACUGGAACAACAUUUGAAACAAAUACAUGAGGAAGCAUUGAUAAAAUUUGAAAGAAUUGAAUCAAAUACUGACAUCCCAAAACAGAAACUCUGGGAAAUACCUAGAGAACACAGUGUAACGUGUGGCUUAGACACAUUUGCUACCGAUCCCUCCAAGCAGACAACUGUCAGCGUCAGCUACUUGUUGACAGAUAUUACAGACACUUUUGAAACAUUCACACUAAGCCUGUUGUCUUCACUGUUGGUUGAUGGGCCGAAUUCUCCUUUUUACAAAGCCUUAAUUGAGUCUGGUGUUGGUACAGAUUUUUCUCCUGAUGUCGGGUUUAAUGGCUCAACAAGAGAAGCUUAUUUCAGUGUGGGUCUACAGGGUAUUGCUGAAAGAGACAUUGAUACUGUGAAACAGAUAAUUGCUGGAACAGUUGAUGAAAUUAUUGAGAAAGGAUUUGAGGAAGAUAGGAUUGAAGCUCUACUUCACAAAAUUGAAAUUCAGAUGAAGCAUCAAUCUACAAGUUUUGGACUUGCCCUGACAUCU